AUGGCCCCUCCCCACAUAUGCAGCCUCCUAUCUUUGAGUGUUUCUGCCCUCUGCACAGUAUAUUUGGCCAAGCAGCCGCCCCUGUGGGGGCUACAGCGGGAUCCCAGGGCCUGCGAAGUUCUGAAGGGCUUGACGGAGGAGCAGGUGAGAAUGUGCCACCGCCAGGUGAAAGCCAUGGACACGGUGAAGCGCGCAGCCGAGCUGGCGCUCGAGGAGUGCCAGCAUCAAUUUCGCAGCCGCCGCUGGAACUGCUCGACCUUGCAGGGACUGCCGGUUUUCGGGAAAGUCAUCCUACAAGGCACAAGAGAGUCCGCCUUCGUGCACGCUGUCUCCUCGGCUGGGCUCGCUUUUGCUGUGACCCGGGCUUGCAGCCGGGGCGAUCUGGAAAAGUGCGGAUGCGACCGCAAGAUCAGAGGAGUCAGCCCUGAAGGGUUCCAGUGGUCGGGCUGCUCCGACAACCUCUCCUACGGCAUCGCCUUCUCCCAGGCCUUCGUGGACACCCCGGAGCGGAGCCGGGGAGCCUCCUCUAGCCGGGCGCUCAUGAACUUGCACAACAACGAAGCUGGGAGAAAGGCCAUCCUGUCCCACAUGAAAGUGGAAUGCAAGUGCCACGGGGUUUCGGGCUCCUGCGAGGUCCGCACCUGUUGGAAGGUCAUGCCCCCGUUCCGUAAAGUCGGCAGCGUCCUGAGGGACAAGUUCGAAGGCGCCACGGAAGUGCAUCCCAAACGCGUGGGCUCCCAGAAGCUGCUGGUGCCGAAGAGCUCCCGCUUCAAGCCCUACGGCACUCACGACUUGGUCUACUUGGCCGCCAGCCCCGAUUUCUGCAACUGGGACCCCCACGGAGGGAUCUUCGGCACCUCGGGACGCCACUGCAACCGGACUUCCGCCGCCAUGGACGGCUGCGAGCUGCUGUGUUGUGGGCGCGGCUUCCGCACCGCCCAGGCGGAAGUUGUCGAGCGGUGCAGCUGCAAGUUCCGCUGGUGCUGUGCGGUCAAGUGCAGACAGUGCCGGAACCUGGUGGAAGUGCACCGCUGCCGGUAG